AUGCUAAUGGCAUGUCAACACGACAACGGGCCAGUCAAAUCGACCCUCGAGCAUCAUCACCUUUGGAACAUUCCCCUCAACCACCACCACCUUCACGAGCAAGUGGUGAUGGAUCUCAUCGAGUACCUGCCCCGCCCUCCGACCGCACACCACAGCAGCAGCCCCGAAACCGGAGAUUUUGACCUGAAUACUACCGGCUCCUCCUUAGACGACUCCCUGCAGAUUCAGCAACAACAGCUACCAUCAUUGCAGUCAGUGUCGACCAAAAAUGUCCAACAAAUACCAGGCCAAUGCCUCCAACACGCUAGCCGUACAGUGGUGACCUAUUGUGGCUAUUGCAAAGCCCAUGGGGGCUUCGACGCGGAGAAGUGCGAAAAGUCGGCCCAGUCCCACGGACUUUGCAAAGCGCUCGGUGGCGGCGCUCGAUACACGUUCUCUGACUACGACAAGAGCUCGCAAGGUAAGGGAGUCUGCCGCAAGCAUGGGGGGCCGUUGACGCUCAGCGAGGCGACUUGUGUGCGAAGCAUGGCGGGUCGCGAUUAUGCAUGGAUGUCAAGUGCAGACUGA